UAGCAUAUAGCUGUCAUACAAACUAAACGAUCCAAAUCAGGUUCUUGUGUGGAAAUCUUUUUUAUUUGACAGAUAUCUUCACGAAAUUUAACUUGGAUUAUUUUCAAACGGUUAACGGCAGCUGAAGUUAAAGUUUUUGCUUGUUUUCAUUUGAUUCGAGCAAUUACUUUAUUUAGUUUAAAUUUACACCCGCGCUCUCAUUUUUCUUUCAUAACUUUUCCAUAAGCGAAUUGGAAUCAGACACUCUUGGGAAUGUUUAUCAAUUCGUUUCGUUAUCAGAAGAUAAGUUAAAUAAUUUAUCAACAAAUUGUGCUGGAAUCAAACACCUGCGUGCCUUAACUAUUACGGUGGAUACUCGACUGGAAAAGCGUCAGUACGAAUUUAUACGCUCGCUGUACCUCAUUACAUUUAACACUCCUUUAUAAUUUUUUUUUAAAUAAAAUUUUUAAGUUUUGCAAACCAAAGUGAAAAAUGUACCAAGCCGCUUAUACAGAUCACAAUUACGAUGCUGAAGGUGCGAAAAGCUUCUCCUUCGACGAAGAGAGCAUACGAAAGGGCUUCAUACGCAAAGUCUAUUCGAUACUAAUGGUGCAAUUGCUCAUCACUUUCGGCAUUAUCACGAUCUUUGUAUACGUAGAUGCAGUCAAUGAUUGGGUUCACAAGACGUCAUGGAUAUUUUGGGUGGCGUUGGCAGUGCUUGUGGUAACCAUGUUAUGCUUGGCCUGUUGUGAGAGCGUACGCCGUCAAACACCGUUAAAUUUUAUAUUUCUAUUUCUAUUCACAUUGGCCGAGUCUUUUCUACUUGGUGUAACAGCUACCUACUAUGCUGCCAGCGAGGUUAUGUUGGCCGUUGGCAUCACAGCCGCUGUAUGUCUUGCUUUGACACUCUUCGCUUUCCAAACUAAAUGGGACUUCACCAUAUGUGGUGGCAUUUUAAUGGUUGCCAUUGUGGUAUUUCUCAUUUUUGGUAUUGUGGCGAUCUUCAUACCCGGAAAAGUGAUAACGCUUGUGUACUCAUCAAUUGGUGCAUUAAUCUUCUCCAUCUAUCUAGUCUACGAUACACAGCUGAUGAUGGGCGGCAAACAUAAGUAUGCAAUUAGUCCGGAAGAGUACAUCUUUGCGGCGCUUAAUCUUUACUUGGAUAUCAUAAAUAUCUUCAUAUAUAUAUUGGCUAUUAUUGGUGCUUCCCGUAACUAAAUGGUCAAAUUUAGUUUUAAUAACAGAGAUUUUGUAUUUAAAAAAGGUAAUGAGUUUACGAUAGAACAAACGCUUUAAAAUAAAUUUUGUAAUUAAAUUUAAAAACUUGUGUAACAAAAAAAGACGUAAAAAAAGGUAUUUGCUUUGGUCUCAAUUUAAGAGGACUUUAAUUGGCAUUGCCUUCGUAUCAAACCCUUCACACUAAAUUGCAAUUCGCGGUACAAUGAACUAUUUAGUAUAAAGAACUGCUUGUCAAUAAUUAGGUUGCAAGAUCAAGGUCUACAUCAGGGUCUUUUAUUCUGAGCCUCAGUAUAUAACAUCUGAUCAAAUUUUACCCGGACUCGUAUCCUGUAUCAACUAGUGAGUGUUUGGUAGCUGUUUGUUUACGACGUGAAAAAUUGUUUAGCGAUUUUUACUGUGGAAAAAUAAUUAAAAAACGAAUUUGCUUGAAAUAUUUUGUUUCUAAUGGAGUUUCAACAACAGAAUCGUUGAAAAUGUAGCAGAUGUGUUUUGGGGAGUCUACGUUUUCACGAACACAAGUAUUAAAGUGGCCUAAGGCAUUUAGCGAAGAUCGUGAAGUCAUCGAAAACUUGCCUUAUAUAAGUCAUCCAUAUACCUCUGUUAUUGAUGGUAACAUCAAAAAAGUUAAAGAAAAAGAGCUUGAAAAUCAUCGUGUUCACACCAAAGAGAUUCAUUUAUUUAUCUCAAUAUCUCUUAUCGAUCGACUCCACACAUUUUGGCUAAUGUUUUGGAUAUAAAGCUUGACAGUGCUUGACCCGUACCAAAAAUCCUAAAUCUUUUGCAAAAAUGGCGUCGAGACGAAGUCUCAAAAGAGAUGCUUGACAACGUAGCUGAGGAUCUUACAUUCAUCAAACGCAUCAUUACUGGUGACAAGACGUGAGCCUCUGACGUCGAAAUCUAGCAAAUGGCGCUCCAAAAAUGAGCCGAAACCGAAAAAUCAAAAUUCGCUGCAAGCACUGAUGGACAUUCCAGCCGAGGCUUAUAACAAAUGUAUGAAUCACUGUAUUAAGCAUACGCUUGUAUUGGCUGAAAAGUAACCUAUUUUGAAGGCGAUAAUAAAUAUUUUUAUUAAAAUACGAGCCAAAUAUGAUGGUGAUAUAGAUGGUGACAGUAUUAAAAUGGUAUACAGGAUUAAAAAUCUGGUCAAUACUAUCGACAAAGCAAUUCGAAUCGAGUAAAAACUCGAAAGCUCCCACAAAGUCAAACCACGAAAUCUGGAGUAUAUAGUACUUCGAUUAUGAAAGCAUGUUUGUAUGCAAUUAUUUAAAAACUCAAGUUUGUCAAUGACGAUUGGGAAAAAAUUCAAAAUGUGUAAAUAAAUCACGAAAUAUUGGAAGUUUCUAACAGCACAUUCAUUAUAUAUUCAACAUUUUUUCAACGAAAACGAGUUAAGGAAAACGGAAAGAAAGUUAUUCAAAACUUCUUAUAAUCGUAUAUACAGAUUUGCAUGAGUCACCAGAAUUUAUUACCCAAAAUGCAUAGACGCGAUUUGGAAAGUUUGACUAUAGAAGAUUUUGACGACAGAUACGUACGGCAUGCGUUCAUAACGAAGGUCUUUGGUAUCAUUGCGAUUCAACUGCUUAUAACAUUCGGAAUUAUCUUCGCGUUCGUUUACGUCGAUGCGAUACAGGAUUUCGUAGACGAACGUCCUUGGCUGAUGUGGGUGGCAUUGGGUUGCAUUGUCGCUAUUAUGAUACCGAUCGCAUGCUGUGAAGGCGUUCGUCGCAGCUUUCCCCUAAACUUCAUACUACUAAUACUCUUUACGUUGGCCGAGUCAUUUUUGCUAGGUUGUAUUGCCAUUAGAUACUCGCCCGAUACGGUCCUAUAUUCGCUGGGCAUAACGACUCUCGUUGUUCUUGUGCUCACCGUGUUUGCGAUGCAAACCGCCAUAGACUUUACAGCCUGUGGUGCCAUCCUUUUAGUUGGCUCAAUCAUUUUGCUUAUUAUCGGACUCGUAGCAAUAUUUGUGCCUUCGCGUACGCUUUUGAUAGUUUACUGCUCACUUGGAAUUCUCAUCUUUUCCUUCUAUCUGAUCUUUGAUAUACAAAUGAUGUUGGGCGGUAACCAUCGGUACGCGAUUAGUCCAGAGGAUUAUAUAUUUGCAGCGCUUAGUAUUUACAUCGAUAUUGUCACAAUAUUCAUGUAUAUACUAAGCCUAAUGGGACUUGUAGACAGCUGAAUGAAAAAAUUACAAUAAUACACACGAGUUUGGAAUGUGCUACUAUUAAUGAU